AUGUCUCAGAAACGCAUUGCCAAGGAGCUUGCCGAGUGCACCACAAACCCUCCCACCGGCAUGACCAUCACCCUCCCGUACGAGUCCAACCUGCACCUGUGGCACGUCGUCCUCCAGGGCCCGCCCGGCACCGUCUACAGCUCCGGCCAGUUCGGCCUGGUGGUGCAGCUGCCCGGCGAGUACCCCUUCAAGGCGCCGCUCGUGACCUUCACCACGCGCAUCUACCACCCCAACGUCACCAACGACGACGCCGGCAACAUCUGCAUCGCCCUGCUCAAGCCCGAGAACUGGAAGCCCGCCAGCAAGCUGUCCGCCGUGCUCGAGUCCGUCCGCCAGCUGCUCGUCGAGCCCAACCCGGACGACCCCCUCGAGCCCCGCAUCGCCGACGAGUUCCGCUCCCAGCGCGCCCAGUUCGACAAGACCGCCCGCGAGUACGUCGCCCGCUACGCCAAGGCCGCACCCCGCUUCGACACCGGCGCCGCUGCCGCUCCCGCUCCUGCAUAG